AGUUUCUGUUAAAGCAGUGUCGGUUCAACGUCAGAACCGUACGCGCGUAAUCUGUGUGUGAAGAGUAAAAUAAAGAAACAACAAAAAGAACGCACGAAUAUUUGUAUUUUGUUUAAUUAAACUUUGUUAUUGUUAAAUUAAGAGAUUUAAAAAAAAGUAGAAACAAAUACAUACGGCUUGAAAGCUUUGUUGUGAGCGCGUGAAAAAAAAAAUUCUCAUAUGACAUUGCAAAUUUAAAGCGAUUUUUUUUGUGGGAGUGCAAAAGCAGGUUAAUAAUAUUUUAUGAAUAAAAGCCGGUCUUUUUUAUUUAUAACAAAAGAUAUAAACAGGAAAGUGUAGUCUGUAAAAAAAUCAAUAUCAAUUUCGGCAUCUGCUCCUGUAACAUUAUCACAAAAAACAAAAGAAAAGAUAAUAAGAGAUUUAUGGCUCUGAUCAUUAGUUUUUCUUUUACCAUUGUUCCUUGUGCGAGUGUGUGUUUUUUGGAAAAUCUUAAGAAAAACAAUUCAGAGAUUUAAAAUCCGUGCAAGAGUGUGAGUGCAAGAAUUUCAUUCGAAACUGUGAUGAAAACAAAGCGAAUCAUUCUGUAUCAACAUUUGCCGCAACAACUACCACUACCAUUGCAAAGAGUUUUCCACAAUUACAAUUGAAGAGCAGCGGCGGCUGCUACUAAAUAUCCAACACCACCACCACCACUAUUACGUGCGAACGAACGAACGGCCGACCAACCGACCAUCACCAACACCACCACCAACAACCAACCUACCACAUCGCCCAUCAUCAUCAUAGUCGUAGCCGUGGUCGUCAUCGUCAGCAUUGGGAUUGUGAACCGAAAAUCGUUGUUGUUUAGUGUAACGUUAUUUGUUGAUUGCACGUUGACGGAUACUGUGCGUGCAACGCGUUAUCGGUUUUAUGUUCGGUUGUUCUGUAGUUCUGUGAAAAUUUCGAAAUCUCGUCGCACCAGAACUUUUUCUUUGGAAAAUAAAAGUAUCUAAAAAAAAAUUGAAAAUGAAUAUUUAAAAACGAAAUCAUUUGUUUACAAGAUAAUGCGAAAAAUAUUAAUGUAAAAUUCCAAAACAAAAAAAUCAACACUCACACACACACACACACACACAAAUUUCAAUUCUCAACCUAUUCUUGCCAAAUAAAAAUCAAUCAAUUAAAUCAUUAAAGAAAAGUUUAAACUUAAAAUGAAAUAAAACAAAAGUGUCUUAUAAAUUAAAACAACGAAAAAUAUAUAUUUAAAUUAAAAGUUUUUUUUUUUUAAGAAAAAAAAAAAAAAAACUCCAAAAAAGAAUGAAAUAAUAAUUUUUGUGAACUACGCUCCAACUAAAUCAAAUGCUUGCCAAUAAAAAUUACAAAAUACCAAUAUUAUUAAAUAAAAUUGCACUUAAAAUUUGAUAAAUUUUACUAAAAAAAAGAAUUGAAUAUCUUCAAAGGAAGAUUGUGAUAUAACUAGAAUGUAUUGGAAAAUACUAAAGAAAAACUGAACUAACUCGUUGCAAAAAAAAAAAAAAAAAAAAAAAUAUUUUCAAAUAAAAAUCUAAAAAAAGGAAAUUCUUAUAGACCCUUAGUAAUUUAUUAUAACAUCACCUAUUGCUUUGGAAAAUACUCUAUUGGAUUACUCUAAACAUUUUUCACUAUUCACUAUUAUUAAUAAGAUUUUAUCAACUCUUUAGAAAUGUUAAACAGAUAGAACCGACGACAUUAAGCACCAACAACUGAAUUGGACUUGACCCAACCAGCCACCACAGCCCCCUCAAAUCGUAAGUUCCAAUCAAAAGAUUUCGUCUUUUGCCACACCGACUUAAGGUCCAACUGCUCGCAAGGAACAAAGUUUUCAUUACAACUGUGACCUAAUGACUAUGGCAGAAGGUAAUGACCCUAUGGGGCAUCAUGCAGCAUCCCAUCACCAUCAUCAUCGCCAGCAGGAGCAGCAACAUCACCACCAACACCACCACUAUCAGCAACAUCAAACAGCAGCAGCCUCGCAUCAGUAUGAAGCCUAUACCCAUUUGCCCUAUGGUUUGCCACAUAACCUGCCAUUGGCCUUGAGUUUGCAUCAGCAGGCAGCAGCUGCGGCUGCUGUUGCGGCAGCGGCUGCAGUCACUGGCAACAGCAGCAGCAGUAACAAUAAUACCCGCGAAGAAGAUAAUGCCACCAACAAUAACAACAAUAGCACAAACAGCUCUAGUAACUCGCUAAGCAAUCCCACUAUGCCUUGGAAGCAGAGGAAACGUAAGCGUCUAUCGGCGGUUCUGGAUAAACUGCAUCAUCACAAUAGUUCUGGCAGCAGUGGUAGCAGCAGCAACAACAACAACAGCGCCAAUAACAUGGAUCUGGAAAAUGAAUAUCAGGAUGAUCUGGUAAUGGAUAAGGAUGAUCUCAAGAAAGAGGCUAACAACAACAACGAAGAGGAUGAGGAUGUAAAAAUGCCAUCACCCCACAAUCGCACCAGUCUAAGUGACAACGAGGAACGCAUGCAGGAUGGCGAUGUGGCCGAGUCGGCAGAAGAAGAAAUGUCCAUAAGCGGAGACAAUGAAGGCAGUCCUAGGGUUAGCCUGAGUCCAGCAGAUCAUAAAAUCCAUAACAACAAUAAUAAUAAUAAUAACAACAUGGAUCCUACACUACCCGCGGCAAAGUUUAUCAAAACGGAAGAACCUCAAAAUCCUCUCACCGUUGACAUCAAGACUGAGCCACACCUACCCAACAGCCCCUAUGAUCGUUACUUUCCCAUACCCUCACCAUUAUUUGGUUACUAUCUCCAUACCAAAUAUCUCAAUGAAGUAUUUCGAAGGAGACAGGAUCUCCAUACCUCGCCCAUGCAGCACACACCCUCAUCGAUUGCCUCGUCGCAAAUGGAUGAAACCUCGCCCUCAGCGAAGGAGUUGAAGGAAUACCACCAGAAAAUGGAAAGAUCUCAUGAAAUGCCCGAGUUUAUGCCCACUUCGAAUCAAUCACCGCCACACAGUGUGACCAUGGCAUUGCCAUCGCCACCACGCAGUGAAACGUCAAUAAGUGAGACGACAGCAGCCAAUACUUCAGAUCCUGCCAUAAUGCCGCCACCACAGGAGAGGCCGUUGGAUUUAUCCGUGCGGAGUGGAGGUAACACACCAACGGGCGAGCUGAUGGCCAGUGGGACGGGUGGGGGCAACAAUGGCAAUGCCAAGAAGUACAAAUCAUCCUCCCCCUUGCCGGCAACCACAAUGAUGUUGCCACCCAGCCAACAACCGAUCUCAGCUGCCAUGUCACCAUCCAGUUCUGGGCAUAACAGCAGUGGGGGCAUGAGUAGUUCCACGAAUACAAUGACAACUUCUGGGGUUUCCUCCGCCCCCGUUUCACCCUACGGUUUGACUCAUGCAGCGGCUGCCCAUGCUGCAGCAGCUGCAGCUGCCGCAGCCAUGAUUAAAUUGGAAAUGCCCAUGCAUCCCUUGCAUCAUCAUGCCCACAGUACAACGGUGGGGGUGCCCGUCAUCAAGGGCGAUGUGGCAUCACCCACCACGAAGGAGUCGGUGGCAUGGCGUUAUAAUCUCGAUGUUUCACCCGUGGUCGAAGAAAUGCCACCCGGUUCCGAUGUGGCCUAUGUGUGUCCCGUGUGCGGUCAAAUGUUUUCACUGCACGAUCGUCUGGCCAAACACAUGGCCUCGCGGCACAAGUCCCGCAACCCCUCGAAUGACAUUGCCAAAGCAUACUCCUGUGAAGUUUGUAAUCGCUCCUUUGCCCGCUCCGAUAUGUUGACACGUCACAUGCGUUUGCACACCGGUGUCAAGCCCUACACCUGCAAGGUGUGCGGACAGGUAUUUUCACGUUCCGAUCACUUAUCAACACAUCAGCGGACCCACACCGGCGAGAAGCCCUACAAGUGUCCCCAAUGUCCUUAUGCUGCCUGCCGAAGGGACAUGAUUACCAGACACAUGCGUACCCAUACCCGCUAUGAGUCACAUCAACAACGACAAGGUGGACCACCCGGCCACCAUCAAAUGGGAGGGGAGAACAAGCCAACAUUGCCGCUCUUGGCUGAUAUGAAAAUGAAUCUUCCCAUGAUGUUGAAAUCCGAAGACUACACCCGGACAUCGCCGCUUAACAACAGCAUUGGUGCUACUUUGCCGAUUGUGGUGAAGACAGAGAGUGCCUAGUUAAGCGCCCGCGCUCAUGCUCCUGGCCUGUGGUAUGUCAAUCCGCAAAGCUUUCGUUACAGAGAAAGCUUUUACACAUGCAAAUGAUAUUAGUUGAAAAACACGAAGAAGAGAUACCAGAUUUUUUUUAAAUACUAGAAAUGUACAUUUGAAUAUCAUGAAAUUAGCCGCCUCCAAACUUGCCAAGUUUAAAGUAAAUAUUUUUGUAAGCAUUAAGGCCAGGAUAACUAUAAUUAGUAAUUAAUUUUAUUAUGAUUUUAUUAGCAGCAUAUAACUAGCAAGACAAAUUAAUCGAUAAUCUCUCUGCCAAGACUGAGUCUAAGUUUAAAGGAAAUUUCCCCCCGCCCCCCAAACUACUAGAACUAAUACUAAACUACCAUAGAAAGUUUACAAAUUGUUAACUAAUUAAGCACAAACUACAGUAAGAGAGUCUACAAUGAUGAUAAAAGGGCCAGGAGAGGAAGAGAAAUGGGACACCGCCUUCUGGGGAUAACUGGAGGAAUCAUUUCUCAAUUUUGGUAUUCCAAAUCUCUCCAAUCUCUGGACGAUUUUUCUAAGCUAUAAUGACACGCUUGAAGCUAAACGUUAACCAAUUUUUGUUGUAUAGGUUGUGCCAACGUUUUUCUCAGGCAAGCUUUUGUUUUGUUUACACCCAAAAACAAAAUGUUAGUUCAAAUUACACAAAGAUGUUUUGUUAACGUUUUUUUUUUAAUUUCGUUGUAACUCUGUUU